GUGAAGCAGGCGGAUUGACAAACUGGUGCUUCAACUUUGCUCGGGGCCAGAAUAUGUCUCUGACCAACACAAAGACCGGGUUUUCUGUAAAGGACAUUUUGGAUCUCCCCGACACCAACGAUGAAGAGGGAUCCAUCGCGGAAGGAGCCGAGGAGGAGAACGAGGGGUCUGAGCCCCCCAAGAAAACAGGAGUUUUGGGGCAAAGCCCCCUGGACGCUGUGCAGUCGCUGCCUCUGAAGAACCCUUUCUAUGAUAAUAGCGAUAAUCCCUACACGCGCUGGCUCGCGAGCACCGAGAGCAUCCAGUACUCCUUGCACGGGCUGGCGGGCGGCACCGCGCCGCAGGACGCGGCCGCCAAGUCCCCCGAGCCGUCGGCCGACGAGUCCCCGGACAACGAGAAGGAGGCGGCGGGCGGAGCGGACGCUGGCAAGAAGAGGAAGCGGCGGGUGCUGUUCUCCAAGGCGCAGACCUACGAGCUGGAGCGGCGGUUCCGGCAGCAGCGGUACCUGUCGGCGCCCGAGCGGGAGCACCUGGCCUCGCUCAUCCGCCUCACGCCCACGCAGGUGAAGAUCUGGUUCCAGAACCACCGCUACAAGAUGAAGCGGGCCCGGGCCGAGAAAGGUAUGGAAGUGACUCCUCUACCCUCCCCGCGCCGGGUCGCCGUGCCGGUGCUAGUCAGGGACGGCAAGCCCUGCCACACGCUCAAAGCUCAGGACUUGGCUGCCGCCACUUUCCAGGCGGGGAUCCCCUUCUCCGCCUAUAGCGCCCAGUCUCUACAGCACAUGCAAUAUAACGCCCAGUACAGCUCCGCCAGCAACCCCCAGUACCCCACAGCGCAUCACUUGGUGCAAGCCCAACAAUGGACUUGGUGAGCCUGCGAGGGAGAGAGAGAGAGACUGGUGUUUCACACGCGAAACUAUCGAGGGGACACUCUUAAUAUUAUUAUUAUUAUUAUUAUAAUUAUUAUUAUUAUUAUGGACUUUGGUUUUUUCCCCCCGCUCCUAAUUUUCUUGGGAUUGUUUUUGUUUUGUUUUGUUUUGUUUCCCUCCCUCCACAUAUCUAUUUUUGGGGGUCCGGUUUCAUUCCUUCUAUAUAUAUAUAGAUAUAUAUAUAUAUAUUAUUUUUUCUGGGUGUUUUUUGUGCGCCAUGUUUACAGAGAUUUUUGCGCCAUCCCAAAUGGUUCUGUCUACCUACGGCUCCAAUAAAACCAACACACACACACAAAAUGAUCAUGAUACCCACGGAUGCUCUUGUGAUUUUGUAAAGUACGUUUGUGUGCUGUAGCGCUGUUGUCAGUCCUCUCUAGAGCAAGCGGAGAACCAGUUUGAAAACCAGAGACGAGAGAAUUUAAUUUUUCUCUCUCAUAUAUAUGUACACAUAAAGUUUCACGUAUAUAGAAAGAGAUAGAUAUAGAUAUGGAUAUAUGUCUGUGUGUAUAUGUGUGUAUGUGCGUGUGUAUAUACACACACGCAUACAUACAUAUAUAGCUAUAUCUCUAUAUAGAUAUCUGUAUAUAUAUAUAGAUAGCUAUACCUAUAUGGAUAUAGAUAUCUAUAGAGCUAUCUAUAGAUAUCUAUAUGGAUAUCUAUAUAUCUGUAUCUGUAUAUGUAUAUAUGAAACUUUAUUUACGGCCAUGUGUAAAUGCUGACAACUCGUAGCGAAUUGAUUAUAUAUUAUAUAUAUUUUUUUGUAAAUAUUUGUGGUGAUUGUUGCCAUAAGAAACAUUCAGGGCGUUUCAUUUUCAGUUGAUUUUUGGUUGGAUGCAACUCCCUCCCCACCCCCGACCCCCAACCCCCCAAAAUAUAUAUAUAUAUUCAACGAGCAAAAAUGUAGAAGGGAAACACACAGGUCUGUUCUUCUCGGACACCUCCUCCAUAGCAAUCUCUAGUGAAUCGUUGUGUAUGUUUCCAGCUGAAGCGCG